AUGCAAUUCGCCCACGAUGAACUGGGAAUCCCUACUCCGAAUGUGUUCUCCUGGUCGUCGAGGGCAGACUCCGCAGAGAAUCAGGUAAGAGCAGAAUACAUAUUCAUGGAAAGAGUGCCCGGUGUGAAAGCCCUCGAUCACUGGGAGAAUAUUGAAGAACCCGUGGGCAAUCCCUUAACCGCAGAUUUGUUCGACAUCGAAAACAAACUCAACCGUGUGCAGUUUUCUCAAUUUGGAAUCUGGACUGGAGAAGAAGAUACUCUUCAGAGGGCAGCUGAGCGGUACCAAUAUCGUGGAGAACGCAAAGAGAUGGACUUAGACCGCGGACUGUGGUCGAAUUACAGCGAUUUCAUGAUAGCGUCCGCAGAGAACGAGCGGACCUGGAUCAAGUGCUUUGCUUCCACUAGUCCAGUGAACCAAUAUUCGCUGCAGCCGGCUGAUCCGCAAGUACAUCUUCGUACUCUGGACAUGUACAAGGCCAUCGCUCCUCACAUUGUGCCUUCUUCGCCUAUGUCCGAUGCCACUUUAUUGCACCCUGAAAUUGAUCUGUCAAAAAUCUUGGUUUCCGAGUCUGGCCCAGUGAAUAUCCUUGCCGUAACAAACUGGAGAGGCGCUUAUAUUGGUCUAUAUUGCACCCAGCCGCCCUUCCCCACGUUCAUGGACCUUGAAGACGGACAGUUAAACAUCUCGUUGGAAGCCCUACCUUCGCAGCUACCCUGGAUGGUGGAGCCGCCCUCGCAAGUCAAAAGUCUCUUUGCGGAAUUGCAGGAGACAAUCUACUCUCACCUGAGGUUGGCUGCGCGAAAGAGAUACUAUGUAUAUAUGACGUUGAAAGACAAGCGUCGAGCCGAGGCAUCUGAAGUUCCGCAUGCGAAGCAUCUUGCGUUACUGCCAUAUUGGACUGUCAAGUCGUGGGAUAGCGGCUGGCUGUACGUCGCAGAUUAUCUGUUGGAGAUUUAA